UUAAAAUACACUAUUUUCAGCUGAAAGGGAAAAAACAAGAAAGACAACUCUAUUCAGUUUUCAGCUGUUCUAGGAGCGUUGUUUUCGAUCCCUAACAUUUUUCCUUCCUUCUCUUCCCGCCCAUCCUUACUGAUGUCGAUUUGCGCAGUUUCCUACUUCUCAAAGUUCUUCCUUUUAUUCCUUGUGCUCUCCCUUUGUAUUUCUCACAGGGCUGCAGCAAGCAAUGCAAACCCAGGGAAAGAGAAAACGUUAGCUAUGAUAAAACCGGAUGGUUUGCUAGGUAAUUACACCGACGAGAUAAAGAAUGUCAUCAUUGAUUCGGGUUUCAUUAUUUUCAAGGAGAUGAUUCUUCGACUUGACGAGGACAGGGCUGCAAGCUUUUAUGCUGAGCAUUCUUUGAAGAGCUUCUUUCGUAAUCUUAUUAAUUACAUGACAAGUGGGCCGGUGUUGGUUAUGAUUCUAGAGAAGGAAAAUGCUGUGGCUGAUUGGCGUGCUCUUAUUGGUCCAACUGAUUCAAGAAGGGCAAAGAUUACUCAUCCUCACAGCAUAAGGGCACUGUGUGGAAUAGAUUCCGAAAAAAACUGCGUUCAUGGUUCAGAUUCUCCUCAAUCAGCACAAAGAGAGAUCUCCUUUUUCUUUCAAGAGAAGUAUGAAGACCAAGACGUUAUGCAACAUGAUGAACUAUAGCUUGUUUCUCAAAGCAGAACUCAUUCGGUUUGGCACACAGUACUCGCAGCAGAAAUACCGUUCCUAUAGCGUCCUCCUCACAGCUUUGCUAACCAAAUUGCUUAGAAUGAGAACUCGGUGUCAGCUAGUGGUCUCCUCCAGUUUUAUGUACACUAUCAUCCAGUCUUGCAAAACCCUUUGUUUUCUACUCUCAUCUGUUCUUCUUUAACGGGUUUGCUUAUGACCCUUCGCCAAAUCUGAUCUUUGGUUGUAUAAACUAAAAUCUUGUUUAUACGAAGAGGUGCUUUACACCUUCCGUUUACUGUAACAGAAUUUGAUUAUAUCGUUGCCAACAUUAAGAUGGUGAGAACGUUUUUUUUUCCUCCAUCUAUUUCAUAUCUAGGAAAAGAAUAGAAUAAACAGAUGAUAUCUUUUGGAUGAAAGGUUUGACCAAAUAUAGCUUAAAAUAAUGCGAUAAACAGUAGGUUGAAAGCUGUGCAGAGCUUAAA